AUGGCAGAUGAAGACGGAGAUGCAGUAGCUGAUCUGCUCGACGAAGCCCUGGAAAGUGCCAAGAAGGAAGCGCUGCCAGAGCCAAAGAAGGACAAGAAGCAGGAUAAGAAGAAGGAGAAGGCAAAAGAGAAAGAAAAGGAAAAGAAAGACAAGGACAGAAGUCGUAGCAGAAGUCGCGACCGAAGUCGAAGCCGUGACCGUGACAGAGGACGUGCAAGCCGCAGCCGAGACCGUGACCGGAAG